AUGUCGGGACAGUUGAGCCAAACAAAUUCACUACCGGUGCGUCCCCAUGACAUUUACCGAUUUAAUUUUGAGGGGAUAGGUGACGCGAAAUUCUCGCAUCAGAAGCUGGCGCCGAUCCAUCUUCUUCCGAGACGCGGUCGUCCCGUCGAAGUGCGGCGAGGUGGAUUCUGGGGUAUGUCCAACAUCGCGGCAUACACGCCUCUCGAGUCAUUCUUGUUGUUCAAGGCCCUGUACGCCCGCGGCGUCUCUGCAGCCGUAUUUGACGACAUCUCGGCCGACCUUAUCAACUACGAGUUCAUCAAGGACGACGUCACCUACGAUGUCGCCCGCCUGAGCCCCGCCUCCCUGCAGGAGCUCUUCCUGCAUCUCUUGCGCGACGAACUGAAGCUCGCCGUCGACACAUCGGACAAGGUCAGCGACGGCAGCCUGUCCCCGAACAAGAGGCGCAAGCUACAGGCGCCGACCCCACGCAACCUACAGGAGGCUGCCGAACACCUCCCCAAGGUGCCCGAUGUGCUGCAGAGAUUGUACAAGGAAUGGAGAGCCCACCGAAUCGCUUCGAUUCUUGAGGAUGAGCAGCGGUUCGAUCAGAUCUCAGCCGAGAUUGCAAAGGCCGAGAAGGAGUUUGCGCUGGCAACUACAAACGGCGCAGGCGAUGCUGCACCGCAGUCGCAACCCUUGGUUCCUUCACCAUCACCAAGAAUAACGCCUGUGCAGCAGGUGAGGAAGGAUGGCGGUCAAGGGCCUAACGGAGUGCGGGAAGCCAGUGCAUUACCUUCGUCGACCCCGAAGCAGACACCACACCAAUUGGAAUCGGUGACGAAGUCGAGGACCCCAACUCCCGUUCCGGCACCGCCAAGUGCAGUCGCAGACUCCGGGCGCGCUACUCCGCUGUCGCGACAACCGUCUCCUGCGCUGCCGCCCAAGCUCACGCCGGCACAUGCCCAGUCCCCUCGACCUGGACCAGUCUCACUCCCUUUAGCAGUUCCCGCUCGACUUGCAGCCUCGACACCUCCAACGAUCCCAGGUCAUCAGGCUUCUACCCCGCCACGUGUUCCAUCACCAGCUGCUGCCCUGGCAUCAACGACGCCAGCUACAACACAACCACCCACCGGGCAAACUUCGCAAGCUUCUCCCCACGUGACACCAUUGACUGCGCAGAGUGCAAAACCUCAGUCCCCGCGGCCAUCUCCUGCUGCUAACAAUCAGCCAAUCGCGCCGCAGCCGGUCCCAUCCCAGAAUCAUGCUUCUCUGCAAAACAACUCUAGGGCGGGAAUGGUACCUCCGGGCCAGUUUGGGCAAGCCGCCUCGACGGCUGGCAGAGGUCAUAAUCCGCCACCACGGCCACCGAAUGGAGCGGCGGCGUCACCGGUUCUCCAGCAUCCGCAGGCAGUCUCUGCUCCUCCAUCUCGGCCGAUGGCGUCUCAGCAACAGCCGGGUGUGCUGCAGCGACCCGAUGCUAUCGGCAAAGCCAAGGCAUCACAACCACCUCCACCACGCCAGGCCACACCAAAUUCAACCCCGGGAACGCCACUUAACCUUCGACCCCCCUUCAAAGACCGCCUAUGCAGCAUCAGCAUAUACAGCCAGCCAAUUCUGUCCAACAAGUAUGGACUCCGCAAGCACUUGCUCAAGCCCAUGCUCAAGCUCAAGCUCAAGCUCAGGCUCAGGCUCAGCCUCAGCCUCAAUACAUACAACCCCAGGGGCAAGCAUAUCCUCAGUAUCCAGGCCAGUCUCAGCAUCAGCCUCAGGCCCAAGCCUUUGCGCAUCAGCCAGCUCAAGGUCAGAUACAGGCGCAAGGCCAGGGGCACACUCGCCCUGGUCACGGGCAGCCCUCCCCCGUACCGGCAACUCCUCACCAGGCUACUCCAUCUUCUGCCAACAGUGCCAAAGGUCAGCAGUCUGCCCGAGCAGCUCCUCAACUAGGCCCAGCUGUCCAGCAGCAGAAAGGGAUGCUCGUACCACCACAGCAUGUUCCAGCACAGCCGCAGACACCGGCUUUGGAUACAAGAAAGACUGUUCACAAAGAUGUUGCUUCCCAAAUUAUGCAAAGGCAGCCAGGACAGGCCACGACACCUUUGUCGUCACAGUCCAAGGUUCCAACUGCCGCUACUCAAGCAAUGAUUUCGGCGCAACCUGGCGGGCCACAAGGGCCUGGACGACGACAACCACCGCCCAGCAACUCACCGAUACCUUCAUAUGUUGCGUCUCAGUCUUUUACUAGCCAGGGAAAACAGAUUCCUGGCCGUCCGCCCAAUAUACAGCAACAGCCGCAACAAUCGAAGCCACAGCAGCCACAUCCCACCCAAAAUAUCUCUUCACAACAGACUCCAAGUCAGCCCAACGCCAGUAUUCAGCAAGCCGCAGUCUCAAAUCAUCGGCCGCAGCUGGUGCCGCGACCCUCAAUGUCAGCCGCGCCAAGGCCGCCCAUUCCUGCUGCAUCUGCGUCUUCUUUCGUGACUCCUCAAUCGGGAGUAUAUCCAUCGCCACACCCCAAAAACCAGCAGCCAUCAGCCUCUGUGUCUAAUGAAACUCUCAACUUUCUCCGAUCUACUCCCAAAUCCACGCCGACCCCUAGUCUUAAACCUACACCGACUCUCCCGCAAACACCAGCAGGCUCAAAUGAUCUUGGCUAUUUUGCACCUCGCGGUAGUGCCACGAGGUGGAAAUCUGCGGUUUCUACGCCCUCGACACCAAAGCCUGAGGAGGCGACGAAAAUGUCACUGCCGCCUAUGGAGCCGCUCAGCCCAGUCCAGGUAUCAGCAGCGCUGCCCCAGAACCAAAAGCUUUCUCCGGUGGUAUCGACUGCCAAACCUGUGGUGCCAGCUACCGGGUCAUCUCUGCCAAAAGCCCAGGCCAAGAACUCGCCAGUGAUGAAGCUGGAUGUCUCGACGCCCAAGCCACGGGGUAGAUUGCCUCGAGGGAAAACGCAGGAACCAACCAAAUCGCCGUCGGCCAGUGCACAGGGGACGCCUCAACCGGAACCACAGGAUGAGAUGCAGGUCGACGCGCCAGAGUCAGAGGCCGCGCCAGGGCCAGAGCCAGCUCCAGAGUCGGCGCCAGAGCCUGCACCAGAACCAGAACCAGAGCCAGAGCCAGAGACAGAGUCUGCCAUCAUUAAGAAGGAAGCAGAGACGCCUAGGAUCCUUGAGGAAACCGGCGAUACGACCGCCGAUGAGAGUGGCCCUAGUAAACGCCAGCCGGGUACUCCUGGCAGUCAGCCAACACGACGUGUGAAGCGAAAGAGAGCCGACUCGCCGUCUGACGAUCGAGUAGACACGACCAUACCCACCCCUACCGCGAAAUCUAGUGACCAACUUCCGGCUGGGACUGGGACGUCUAAUAGCAGCGCUCCUGCGCAGGCCUCUAAAUCCUUGCAGACCAUGACGCGGAACCAUGUGCGCUGGACACGAGAUUUCCCCAAGAUUAGUGCUUCUGCUCUGGAACAAAUUACCAGUCACCGGCAUGCAAACAUGUUUGCCCACCCCAUCCGCGAACGCGAUGCCCCAGGCUAUCACAACAUUGUCCGUGGGCCCAUGGACUUGAAGUCGAUUAGGGCAGCCAUCACACAUGGUAACCGGGCGGCGAAACAAGCGGUUGCUAAUCUGCCAAACGGAGAUCCUGGAACAAGCAUGGUUUGGCUGCGCAAGAGCGAAGACCUAGUACCACCACGGGGUAUCAUCAAUAUCACCCAUCUGGAUCAGGCGCUGACCCAGAUGUUCUCCAACGCCAUCAUGUACAACCUAGACCCAAACCGCGGCCCAGGUCCAUCGUUUUUGGAGGAAUUAGAUGAACCGACUGAUGACGGCGCUGACGCAAACGCCACGGCGGCAUCUGGGGGUGGUGCGGCAACCAACGUGCUCGGCUACAAGGUAGACGAGAACGCAGUUGUCAACGACACCAUUGCCAUGCAUCUCGAGGUCGAGAAGCUACUGGAGAACAUUAGGGAGGCUGAGAAGCAGCGUGCGGCUCCUCCGCCGCCACCUGCUGAUGAUGAGGAUGACAAAAGCCAUAAUGAUGCCAACGGAGUCACCAAGGCCGACCAUGCUGACCAUGAGACGGAUCGUGCCGAGAGGGAAGGUACCGAUGCAACUGAGGGUGAAACUCCCAGUGGCGCCACGGCUUCCAACACUGGCACAACGAAGAGGCGCAGGAUAGCUCGCGGCUGA